CCCCGCCCCGCCGCGCAGUACCCGCAGUGUGCAUACAGCCUCUCCCGUCGAUGUGGACGCCGCGGAGCCGUUUUCAGGCUUAUUAUUGCCACUCGAGGAGGACGACAGUGCGUUGCUGGCACCGGCACGGCGGCACGGCGGCCGGGACCGCGACGACCACGGAUAGGGACGCCGCUGAUGCCGCCCAGGAGCACGGCAGGUUUUGAGAGAUGACCCUGAGCGACGGGCCGCCGCCGGGAACACGCAAGGAUGACGAGGACGGCGAGGACUGCGGGAAGAAGCUGUCGCUGCGACCAGUGCUGCCGCAGAUCGCGGCGUGCAUCGCCGCCAACAGCUUCUACCUGCCCGACGGCGCGGUGCUGGGCUACUCGGCCAUCCUCAUCCCGCAGCUGGAGCUGCCCGACAGCGAGAUCACGGUCACCAGGCUGCAGACGGCAUGGCUCACGUCCCUGAUGAUGCUGGUGGUGCCGGUGGGCGAGGCGGUGGCCGUGCUGCUCAUGGAGCGCUGGGGCCGAGUGCGCGCGCUGCAGCUCGCCCUGGUGCCCUUCGUGAUGGGCUCCGUCGUCAUCGCCGUGGCCGACUCGUUCGACCUCAUCCUGGUCGGCAAGGUGCUCGUCGGCGUCUCGCUGGCCGUGGGGACCAGCCCGGCCUCCAUCUACGUCACGGAGGUGGCGCGGCCCGACCUCAGGGGGGCGCUCAUCACCGCGGGGCCCCUCAUCGGGGCGGCAGGGCUUCUGGUGGCGUACGCGGCGGGCGCCGUGGUGGCGUGGCGCGGCGUGUCGUGGUGCUGCUGCGUGGUGGCCGCCGUCCCGCUGCUGCUGCUCACCUUCUGCUGCCCCGAGAGCCCCGUCUGGCUGGUGCAGAACGGGCAGCUGGACAAGGCGGAGCAGUCCCUGCGGCGCCUCGCGCCUGGCGGCUGCAGCAAGGAUGAGUACGCCGCGCGCGAGCUGCAGGCGCUGGUGCUGACGACGCGUCGCCGCGGCGCUGGCUCCGGCGCGUCGGCCGACGGCUCGGUGCCGACCUGGUGGACGCGGUGCGCGCGCUCCCUCAAGAAGGGCACCGCGGCCAUCAUGGACGGUCGGGGCUCGCGGCGGCCCCUGUACCUGCUGUGCGUGCUCAUGUUCCUGCAGCAGUUCAGCGGCGCCUACGUGCUGCUGUUCUACGCGGUCACCUUCUUCCAGGACGUGCAGAGCUCCGUGGACGACUACACGGCGGCGGCGCUGGUGGGGCUGCUGCGGCUGGUGAUGGCCGUGGUGACGCUGCCGCUGCUGUCGCGCUUCGGACGCCGCCAGCUACUCAUCAUGAGCGCGGCCGUCAUGUGCGCGUCCAUGCUCACGUCGGGGUUCUUCAGCCGGCGGUGGCCGGGCGCCGCCCUGGCCGCGGGCUCCGCGCUGGAGAGCCUGGACGUCCUGGACGGCCUGGACGUCCUGGACGGGCCCGACGCCGACGGGCUGGCGGGCGGCGCGGGCGGCGGCGCGCGCUGGGUGCCGCCGCUGUGCGUGCUGGUGUACGUCUGCUCGUCCUGCGUCGGCGUGCUGUCCGUGCCCUGGAUCCUCGCCGCCGAGCUGUUCCCCCAGAGGGUGCGCGGCACGGCGCAGGCCGUCAUCCUCUCGCUCGCGCACUUCUUCAUGUUCGCCGCGCUGCAGACGUACCGCGAGCUCAACGCCUGGCUCGGCUCGGACGGCGUGCAGUGGCUGUACGCGUCCGUGUGCGCCGCCACGGUGCUCUUCGUGUGGCUGGUGGUGCCCGAGACGCAGGGCCGCACCGAGGAGCAGAUCGAGGGCUUCUUCCUGAACCACGUCCUCUACCUGGGCCGGGCGCGCUGCCCCGACAAGGCCGAGACGGCGGCCGAGGCCGGCGCGCCCAGGCCGGACGUCGGCGACGACGGCGCAGACAAGCAGGGCGACGUGUUCGUCCUCCAGUGCCGCGAGGAGCCCGAGGGGGCCGUCGGCGACGACAGCUGCGUCACGCAUCUCUGAAUGGCUGAUGUGUAUGAACGAACUAAUGAAUGAAUUGACACAUGGAGUGAACGAAUGAAUGAAGUAAUGAAUGAAUUGCCACAUUGAAUGAAUGAAUGAAUGAAUGAAUGAAUGAAUGAAUGAAUGAAUGAAUGAAUGAAUGAAUGAAUGAAUGAAUGAAUGAAUGAAUGAAUGAAUGAAUGAAUGAAUCUCAUUUUCAACACGUUUCGCCUCUCUGUUAGGAAAAAGAAAGAAGCAUCUGUGAUUUGUUUGGUGAAGAAUCAACGUCGUGUACAACUCUGUGUCAUUGUGCAUUAAGACAUUUAUCUUUUUGUAAUAAAUUACUUAUAUAUUCUUUUCGAUACAAGUAAA